AUGAAUUUCACUUCAGAUGAUGUUCAAGUAAAUAGCGAAUUUUUAGAAAAACAGAAUGAAACUUCUAAUUUAUCAGAAGUUGAAACAAGUUUAGAAAACGAACAAUAUUUUCAACUUUUCAAAUAUGAUUUUUCUCGAUCUUUCAAUUCUCUUUGUUCGACCAAAAAACUUUUUAAUCACACCGUUUUGGAAAGCAUCAACAAAUUUUGCAAAAGUCAUGUAAACCCAAAAGAAUCUAAUUACAUACCAAAUGGCUCGGAAGAUAAUUUUUUUAAAGUUGCCAAGUGGUCGCCUGAUGGAACUUGUAUUUUAACCUCUUCAAAUGACAAUUUAUUGAGAAUUUUCGAAUUACCAACGAAUAUUUUUGAAAUUGAAAAAGAAUGUGACUUGACGCCAGCACUCAGUUAUCACCAAGGGGACACAGUGUAUGAUUGUUGUUGGUAUCCUAUGAUGUCUAGUCAAGAACAAAUCGUAGGUCCAAAUUCAUUAUCAUUUAACCUGGAUGGUAGCAAAAUAUAUUGUGGAUUUAAAAACAUGGUUCAGAUUUUUGAUACAACUCGUCCAAACUUUGAGGGAGAUAAAUGUCCUACGACACCUACACGCAAAAGCAAAGAAGGACAAAAAGGCAUAAUUUCAUCGAUUACAUUUAAUCCAGAUAGGUCAGGAUUAUAUGCAGCUGGUUCUUAUUCUCAAACAAUAGGACUUUAUGAUGAGAAUAAUAACGAAUUGCUUUAUCUUUUUAAAGGAAAUAAAGAUGAUCCAUUUGAUGGUAUUACCCAGUUGCAAUUCUCACUUGAUGGGAAAUAUCUCUUCUCUGCGUCAAGACGAGAUAAUUAUAUUCGUUGUUGGGAUAUAAGAAAUACCGGUGAAGUUCUAUAUAAGUUAUAUCGUAAAGGUGAAACAAAUCAAAGGAUCCUAUUUGAUAUUGAUAACAGCGGUGGUUUUUUAGUAACCGGGGAUCAAGAUGGAGAAAUAAUUUUUUAUGACUUGGCAAAUCCUGAUGAAAAAAACAUGACACGAUUAAAUUUACAAAUGAAUGGGCAUAAAGAUUUAAUUUCAACCACAACCUUUCAUCCUUAUUUUCCUUUGCUUGCUUCUUGUUCUGGUCAAAGACGGUUUGAAUUUUUUGAUGAUACAUUCUAUUGCAACAAAAGUACCAACCAAAAAGAUAUAUUAAUAGACAAAGAUCAAGAAAAAUUUUUAGACAAUUCUCUUAAAAUCUGGAAAAUUGAAGGAAAUUAUGAAUGCUACUUAUACAACACCAUAGAACCUCAAUAA